AGCUGUUCAUCAUGCUGAAGGCAUACUCGGGUCGAGUAUAUCUGGACAAUCAGAGGCUAAAACUAGGCCUUUGGGAGUUAGUGAGCUCGGAGAGUUGCAGGCAUAUGUAACUGUGUAGUAAUGGUUGUUUAUGUAUCAAACUGAGGUUCAAAUAUUUUUCUAUCCUUUGGCAUUGAAGGCAAGUAAAGUCUUUAUCCAACAGCUGCAAAAAUUGACUCAUACUUUCAAUAAGAUGAAAUCCAACAAACCUGCACCAAAGUGUCUCCUUCCAUCGGUUACUCCCUCUGUGCUGAUUCUUUUUAUUAUUCUACCAGUUUUCUGCAACACGGCUAAGGUGAACUGCUCCCAGCCAGACCAGUCAAGCCUUUUUGCAGCUCUUUCUCCUGCCUUUAACCUGAAGGCGAUACGACCCGUAGAAAACCAAUCAACCUACACCAACAUUAGUGUGUAUUUUACUCUCUAUGGGAUAUUAGGAGUGGAUGAAAAGUCACAACUUCUUGUCACUUACAUCUGGCUCUUCUAUUGGUGGAAAAAUGAGUUUAUCAGUUGGGAACCAGAGCAGUGUGGCACUGACAUGAUUCCUCUCCCCAAAGAAAAUUUUUGGCUUCCUGACGUUGUAAUCAAUGAGUUUAUGGAGGAAAACAAAGCACCAACCGUCCCAUACUUGUCCCUGUAUCAUGAUGGUAGAGUGGUAAGUUCAUUUCCUGUCAGAGUUGUGAGCUCCUGUAACCUCAACAUCUACACCUUCCCCUUCGACAUACAGAACUGCUCCCUGACUUUCAACUCCUACAUCUACUAUGCUACUGAGGUCAGGGUUUUCCUAGGGAGAGAUGCAAAAUUAUCCACGGAGUUCUCUAAGCAAGUGAUGACCACCAUGGGUGAAUGGGAGCUGCUGGACAUUACCGCUCAAAAACUAGUGAAUGAUGAUGAGUCAGGUCUUUACACGGACAUGCUUGCAUUUUAUAUCCGGGUGCGACGCCGCGCCACCAUGUACGUGGUGACCCUGCUGCUCCCCAGCUGCUUCCUCAUCACGGUGGAUCUCUUUAGCUUCCUCCUGCCUCCUCAGAGCACAGACAGAUCCUCCUUUAAGAUGACCCUCAUCUUGGGCUACACCGUGUUCCUGCUCAUUAUGAAUGACCUGCUUCCAGUCACUGGAAACACCAUACCUCUAAUAAAUGUGUUCUUCUCUCUCUGUCUGGCUUUAAUGGUGGCCAGUCUGCUGGAGACCAUCUUCAUCACCAACCUAUUCAGCAACUUGUCUGAACUUUCCCCCGUCCCCCGAUGGAUUCGAGUGAUUGUUUUAAAUUUUCUCGGCUAUCUUGUUUGCAUGCCCAGAAAGAAUACGAAACCAAAAGAUUUAGAGCUGAGGAAGAAUGAUGUGGUGCUAAAACGUAGAUCCAAUGAGGGGCCUUCAGGAACAGCAGGAUCAGCUGAUCAGGAUGAGGCCCUUCAGGAGCUGAGGAGCCUGAGCAACGUCUUGAAGGCCAUCCGCUCUGAGGUGGAGCAGCAGCACAAUGGCAGCCAGAGCUCAGAGGAGUGGAUGCAGGUGGGUUUCAUCAUUGACCGCCUGCUGUUUGGCGUCUACAUUGUCUUCAUAUCGGUCAGCUUCAUCACCAUCAUUGUUGUCUGGGUGAACUCAUACAAUCAGUAGACUGCUGCAUGUUAGACAAGCCUACAUUUAUUCAAUAAGCAUUUGCACAAAUCUAAUCAUAGUCUAAGUUAAUAGAAUGUAAACAGUAAUUAAUUUAAAGGACCAUGUUUAUGCAAUACAUAAAAUGUUACAAAGUUGUUACAGUAACUAAUAUUGUUUGUUUUUCACUAAUUGUUUAUUUGUUAUUUAGGUGAACUGUUUUGUUUAAUUAGGGAGGUGCAUAGUAACUAGGUACAUUUACUGAGU